AUGUCUUCCCCAAAAUAUCAACCACAACUUUUAGCUAUUGGAAAUAUUAUUCAAACACUUUAUUAUGAUUCCUUUUCUAUAAAUUGUGAUAAUAAUGGUCAAAUCUAUUCAACUGCUUCUAAAGCUAUUAAUAAAGUUUAUAAAAAAGUUUUUGAUAUAGAAACACAGUUUUCAGACCCUUCAGUUAUGGAUUUUAAUAAUGAAGAUAUAUUAGAACAAUUAUUAUUUAGUGUUUCAUUUCAACUUUUCAAAAUACAAAUUGAUAAUCUUUCAAUAUUUAUAAGUAAUUUAGAUUCAAUAAAAAAAAAUAUAAGACCAAUAUGUUAUUCAACAGAAUGGAAUGACAAAGAGAUAUUAAUACCUGCAUUUGAACAACAUUUGAAAUGA